AUGGUAAGGAAACACGCAAACAGACGCAUACACACACAUGCACAUGCACAUACAGAUACAGACAAGGACACGGAGGUUAGAGGAGAAGAAGAAAUUUAUUUCUUCUACGAAAGGUGUGUCUUGUCUCGUGGGAAGUGCUGUGGGAGUGAUGUUGAAAAAGCGGUUGAAUUUGAAAUGCCUCCUGUAACUCUGUUUGCUGCUCACAUUAUUACUUCAUGUUUUUACGUGAUGUGA